UGGGCAGGCGCAGCGGGUCGGUAGACUCGGUGCCUGAAGUAGAGGGAGGGGAGGGGGGCGGAGCUGUUGCUGGCGGUCGGAGGCUGUCGCUGCGAAUGUGGAGCAGGAUGUUGGAGCGUCCGCGAAAUUCUCUAAAUGUGGAAAGCAGUAUUUCGCCCUGGUACCUGAGCUAAAGUAGUCUAUCAUGGGCCAACAACUCUCAAGCCAAACACACACAGUUAUAACUAAGCUGCCAGAAAAAGUUGUCAAGCAUGUCUCUCUUGUUCGAGAAAGUGGUUUCUUGACAUACGAAGAGUUUUUGGGAAGAGUGGCUGAACUUAAUGACACAACUGCACAAUUAGCUUCGGGCCAGAACAAGCAUCUGUUAUUUGAAGUGCAACCAGGGUCUGAUGCUACAGCUUUAUGGAAGGUGGCUGUUCGGAUAGUUUGCACUAAAAUAAACAAGACAAGUGGUAUUGUGGAAGCUUCAAGAAUCAUGAACUUGUAUCAGUUCAUUCAACUUUAUAAAGAUAUUACAAGUCAGGCAUCACAGGUUCUUUCACAGACAGUUCCCUCAGAAGGAACAGCAGAAGAUCUGUCAUCUGUUGAAUCUUGUCAGGCUAGCCUUUGGAUAGGAAGGGUGAAACAGCUUACUGAUGAGGAAGAAUGUUGCAUUUGUAUGGAUGGACGUGCUGAUCUGAUCUUGCCAUGUGCCCACAGCUUUUGUCAGAAAUGCAUUGAUAAAUGGAGUGGCCGUCAUAGGAAUUGCCCUGUAUGCCGCCUACAAGUGACUGCUGCAAAUGAUUCUUGGGUCGUAUCUGAUGCACCUACAGAGGAAGAUAUUGCCACUUACAUACUCAACUUGGUGGAUGAGGCAGGUCAGCCUCAUAUCCCCUGAUGUUAGUCUUAACAUUCAUAGUCUCAACAUCUCUCAAGAUAUCAUUCUCAUUAUUUUUAAUUUCUUUAUUCAUUACAUUGGUUUCCAGAAGCUAAAUCAAUAAUGACUAGUUCUGGGAAAGCCUACCUGUAAUUAUUACUUUCUUGAAUUAUUCUGAUAACAUUUACAGUCAAUACACUAUGAAUUUUCUGUUAUUUUAUGAGGUACUGCAGUAGGAAGUAUUUUAGUUCUAGUAAAGCUGUUAAGUGUUUGUUAAAAGUUGACUUCAUUUCCUCAGUUGAAGAAUGUGGGUGGUUCGCAAGUCCUGUUGUCCAACACUGUCUAAAAACAAUGUUCUAAUGCUUAAAUGGGAAUUAAAAUGACUAGAGUCCUUGAUCUUAGUAGUUUCUGUUCUCCCUCCUUUGAAAUGUUGCAGCUCUUAUUGUUGAGUGUGUUUGAUUAAAUCAGUAAUUAGUAUGUUAACAUUCCUUUUAUGGAAUCUUUUAUGAAAGCAGAUUUUUUUAAAUAAAUGAUUGAUUUUUUUCAUUUCUACUAAAAGUUAAUUUUCUAAUCAGUAUUUAUUACUUAAAAGUUUGUCUAUGCAGUAUUAUGGAUGCAAAGCUUCCAGUAGCUUCUCUAUCAGUAGAAGGCUUCUAAUGUAGCAGACAGCAACCUUUAUUCCCUUUCUCCCAUCUCUUCAUUUCUUACAUGCCUUGAAUAGCUGUCCCCGUCCCGUCCCCCCCUCCCCCGGGCUAGAAACUCUCCAAAACAGGGAAUCCGUGAAGCAUAGUGUAGAUAGUAAAAAAAUCUUCUAUAUUCUGUUCUGUUUCUUUGCAAGCGCUUCAUGUUAAUUACAUGUUAAUUACAAAAUCUGUCUGAAACAUUUUUAUUGUUUAUUUUGUUUUGUUUCGCUUAGCCUUCUGCUUACCAGUUUGUAAAAUGUGCUAUUGCUAUAAAAUGAGAUGGUAAAGCGCAGAUUCUUUCCUGUAGGUGCAAUCUGAAGCAAAAUAAGGAAUCUUUCUUUUUUUUUUUUUUGUUAUCACUUUGCUUUAAUGUAGUAUGCAUGUUGUAAUUGAAUAUUGGUGUGAGGUAUGACAAAUGUGUCCUAAGUUGUUACCUUACCAGGUGACAUUAAUAGAUGCCAGAAAUCCACCAUUUUCCAAUCCACGAAAUUGGCACUGAGUGAUUUUUUACAAAUUUAUUUCAAAUGGGAGCUUAAAAUGAUCCUAACCCCCAAAGAUCAUAGGCAGAUUGGGCCAGCACAAAUCUCCAAAUUGAUGUGGUACUGAUGUUGGAUUUUAUAUUUUUCACAACUGCUAUUAUAAUUACUAUUCAUAGAAUGGAUUUGGCACCACGCAAGGAAAGAUGGGUUAAUAGUUAAAUAUCAUGAAGGGUUUAUGGCCUUAUUUGGAAUUCCCUGGUAAAUAUGUAUAAUAAAAUUGUUUUCUACUGUUGCUGAAAUGUUGCACAUGAAUAUAGGUUAAACUAAUUAAAUUGCAAACCUACACUAUUAGCUAAAACAUUUCUAUAAAUCACAAACCAGGUAUUGAGCCUUACCACUUCAGAAUAUGGUAAACAUGUUUUUUGAGAGAUUAUCAAAUUCUGCUAAAAUGAGUAAAAUAGAGUAGAAAGUAGCGCUUUUUCUUUUUAAUAUGAUGUGCUAAAGUGAAGGUUCGAAGAACAACUCUUAUUAAGAAAGCUUUGAUAUAGAGAAAUUCACUUAUUGCAAGUAUUCUGACAAUUGAUUUUAAGUGGGCUUUAAAAUUCAAAGUAAAACAUAUUUUCUUGUUUUUGUUUUGAUGUGUUUUUCACUUGUUAUAAAAUUGAUCAUGGAUUUUAUUUUCCCCACACCCUAGAUAUAUUUAGACUUGCAGUGCUAUGAUUAAAGUGCCCAAUACUUUAUACUAACAUGGUAGAAAUAAUAACCCAUUCUUUUCCCUCCCCCUUCAUAUAGGGUUUGAUUGAUAGCAUAAAUAUUUGAAGUGUAAGCAGUGGAUCAUUAAAUCCUGACAUUGCUUUUCUUUUCUUUUUCCUGUCAUGAGUAUAAGAACUGUACACCAAAUCUUGAAAGAUGGAAGCUUUAAAAUAUGGGUACACAGUCCACAGAGGGGACAUGAAAUUAUAGGUUCGGUAAUUUCACAAUUGUAAAUAUGUGUAAAGUGAAAAUGUAAAUUAUAUACUGUAGUGUUUCUAUCUUUUUAAAUACACACAUUAGUACAAGCGUUACAAUGUGUAAUAGAUUAUCCAUAGUAAAUAUAUAUGUAAAACACACACACACACAGAAGCAUACACACAUAUGGCAUUUUACAGAUUAACUGGAUCAAUUGCUGUCUUCCUUUUCUGUUUCUAUUGUGUUGUGAAGCUAUGCCUCUUACUAAAGGACUUUUAGUCUAGGAGAAGCUAUAAUAUUCAAAGACAUGGAAGAAGAGAUUACUAUAAGUUGCUUACCCAUGCCUUUUGACACAUACCCUACCACAAUAAGCAUAUGGCAAACUAGAAGCCUAUCAUAAGAAAUAAAUGUGUUACAUUAUGUAAAACUGCAGCCCAGUUGACAAUUAUUCUUCUAGCAUUGAAUCUGAUAAAGAAUGACAAAAUUAAAAAAGGUGUUUAAAAGACAUGUUCAAGAGAUGAAUUAUUAAGAGAAGAUGCAUUCCUUAGUUCUUUUGUGUGGAUGUGAACUUUUCUUAGUGGUUUUAUAUAAGACUGUUAAUAACUAUAAGCAAUUUAAUGUAUUAUGAGUUUUGAGCAAUAAACAUUUGAAUUGUU